GCGCGCGGCGUCUUCUUCCGUGUCAAGGGACGAAGAGCCGGAAGACCAGGAGGGUUGCCUUGGUAACGUGCCUAGCCGAGCCGCAACAUGGCUGGGACCAGCUGGCUGGAGCAGUUGCGGGCGGCUCGCAAGACCGCCCUGCUCGCGGAUGGUAAACGAAAAAUCCACUACUUGUUUGAGGAUGGGAAGGAGUUGGCAGAAGAAUAUGACCUGAAAACACACCAGCUACUCUUAAGAAAAUGGAGAGAGAAGAAUGCUCUGGGCGCAUAUGGCAAUUGGGAGGUUGAAGUGGGAGAACCCACAUUGCUUGCAGCAGGAACACUGGACCGUGAGUUCAUAAAGGAGAGCAAUACCAAUCCUGUCUUUAUGCGAAAAGACACCAAAAGCAGUUUCCAGUGGCGGAUCCGAAACCUGCCAUACCCUAAAGAUGUCUACAGUGUUUCAGUAGAAAAGGAUCAGCGCUGCUGUGUGGUCCACACAACAAAUAAGAAAUACUACAAGAAAUUCACUAUUCCUGAUUUGGACAGAUUCCAACUACCUUUGGACAGCACUGCUUUGACUUUUACUCAUGCCAACAAUACAUUGAUCAUCACAUAUCAAAAGCCAACAGAAAUACUGGCUGCAGAAGAGGAGCUGCAAAAAGAGCUAAAGAAGAUCAAAGCUUCUAAUAAUGGGGAAGGAGACUGCAAGACACAGUAGUCGACAGUUGUGAAAUGCAUUGUCUGUACUUUUAUUAAAUAAAUGUGCUGAACGGGGA